AUGGGGCUCACGUGCGACGGCACCGAGCUGGACGUGGAGUCGGCGGCGGCGUCCACCGAGUGUUUGAUCUACUCGGGCACUUCCUCGGGCACCGAGAUCUCGGAUUUGGCCACGUGCAUGUCGGUGUGCCGCUUCCCGGCCUGCAACAACGGCACGUGGGACUACACGUCGGAGGACGGCAUCAACUCGGAGGUGUACGCGGGUCUGGACUUCAUCACGCUCAUGGGUUACGCCGGCACGCAGGCGGCGUCGGCGGUCGCCGAUGCAGUGCAGCAGCCGUUCUCGAACCUGACGUUCGCUGCCACGACGGAGUGCGAGUACACGAGCGACAGCUCGUUCAGCGCCUGCCAGUGCGCCGGUGUGACGAGCACCGCGUCGUCGGCCAGCACGGCCGGCACUUCCACGACGUCCAACUCGGAGUACUCGGUGCCGGUGAACAAGGGUCUCGAGGACUCGGACCACUGGUCUGACGGUACGAAGAAGUCGACGGUGGACAAGGCCGGUAUUGCUUCGACUACGAUCGGUAGCAGCGCUGCCACCGUGUCGGUUGUGGCCGGCGGUGUUAUGUCGGUGGCGAGUGGCGUUGUCGGCGGUACGUCUGCCGGCGUGGCUUCGGGUGUGUCGGCUGCUGCUAGUGUGGGUAUCACCAUGGCCGCGGUGGAUAUCUGCCAGUUCUCGAUCAUGCUCAACCAGAUGAACGUGGACGCGCGUCCGCGGUUCAUGGAGAACAUGGGCAAGAAGAUGGCCCCAGCCGCCUUCAAUUUCCUCCCCUUCGGCAAGAUCAACUCGACUGCCGCGAGUGGCAGCUCCGGCUCUGGAUCGACGUCGAGCACUACUGGCGUCCAGGGUAUGGAGAAGUACGCGGCGCUCAUUGGCGUCCAGGCCGACAUGCUCUUCUACCUGGCUGUGGCUGGUAUUGCCUGCAUGGUCGGCGUUCUGUUCGGUGCCUACGCUCUCGCCAUGGGCGUGUGCUACUUCGUGGUGGACGACUUCGCGGCGUUCAGCCAGAAAUGGCUGGACAAGGCCAUCGGCGUGCUCAUGAUGAUCCUCAUUCUGUCCGAGUACGUUGUCGGCGCUACGGGCAUGUACGAGAUCUGCUACUGCAUCGACCACAACACGGUGGGCUUGAGCUUCUUCCUGGCCAUUAUCACGCUGCUGUGCCUGGCCUUCGGUACGAUCCUGUACGGUGUGCUGGUGAUCAAGAACAACGAGGACGAGCUGCGCGACCUGGGCACGAAGGACCACUUCGACAAGAAGUUCCACGCGCGGUACGGCCCGCUGUACGACGAGCACAGCUUCGAAGGCCGCUUCUUCUUCGCGCCCAAGCUGCUGCUGGCUCUGCUGACGGGUAUGACGACGGGCAUGAUCUGGAUCGAGGGUCUGUGGCAGAUUGUCGUGCUCAUUGCGUUCCACAUUGCGUUUCUGCUGUACCUGGAGAUCAAGCAGCCGUACCCCACUGCGUUCGUGCAGAAGACGUCGAGCUUUGUCAUCAUCAUCAAGAUCUCGGCGCUCUUCCUGAGCUUCUUCCUGCUGUCCAGCGCCACGAGCUUCACCGAGAGCAUCCCAGACGACCUGCGCGAGGGCGUGGCCUUCGCCAUCGUGGGCCUGCAGGUGCUGGUACUCGUGUGCCUCAUGAUCCGGCAGAUCUACAUUUUUUACCGCACGUGGAAGCUCAAGCGCGACGGCGGCGCGGAUGACAAGACGGUCACUGUGCAGACCACGAACGCGCGCGAGGGCUCCGAGGCUUUCUUCGCUCUGGGCGGUGAGCCGCAGUACUACAACAACAACCAGGCGCGCGGCAACUCCCUGGCUGUGCUGGGCGACGACUCCACGCCCAGGGUGCAGAACCCGCAUCAGUACGCGCAGGAGACGCCGGCCAACUACAACCAUGGCGGCAACCGACUGCGCGGACUGCAGCCGCAGGGCGGCCACAUGCAGCGCACCCACACCGUGGUGCAGCACGAGAGCCACCACCACCACCGCAACAACGAAGUCGACCUGUAGAGCCGAGUUUUGUGUUGCUGCGGACAUCAAGGCGCGUGGAGGGCGGGCGACGGUAUGCCCUGCCUUGCCAGACGUCUCACGAACGUUUGAGAAACCGAGCGCUAGGUUUUUGUUUGCUUCGUCUAAUAAGCACUACGUGUUCUUCAUUU